CCGGAAUUGCCUCCUUAUCCAGCCGGGCCGGACAGCAGGAUGGGUUUUCUUUCCUUAUUUUGUCUUAUUUCCUUGUUGUCUUCGUUAUUCCCUCACCUCCAAGUCCCUAGGGCCUUGGUAUUGUGGGAACGAAGGAGAGGGAAAAGUGGGGCCGCUCAGAAUUAUCAAUCACUGAUCAGGCUGUUACCUGAUCGAUCAAAAAUGUCUGGGAAUCUCUCGUUGGAUGUGUUUCGGAGAGGUCCAUUUCUAAUGCUACCGGUAUAGG